AUGGCUACCGUCGACGCUCUCCCGUCGAGCCCGGCUCUAUCGCCAAGCCCCUUGCGGGUAAUCGACUACUCUCCCACCUACGGCGACCAAGUGAUCAACCUCUUCGUCACCGGCAUGACAGACAACAUCUCGGCAUCGCAAGACUCCGUCGAACGCGACAUGAUCUCCGGCUUCAUUCCGAGCGCCGCUACGACACUGCGCGACAUUCCAUCGCUGGUCAACGCACCUGGUGGCGGUCGCUUCUUUCUGGCGCUGAGCCCGAAUAACGACCUGGUCGGCAUGCUUGCCAUGGCGCGCUCCGACGAGGAUGCGAGCAACGAAACUGUGGAGCUGACCCGCAUUUCCACGGCGCGUGACUGGAGGCGGAAGGGCGUCUGCAAGGCGCUGGUGGCUCACGCAAUCAGGGAAGCGGUUGACGAGUUUGCCGUCAGCAGCGUUUACCUUCACACUUUGAGUAGCGUCGAUGCCGCUAUGAAUACGUACAGCAAGCUAGGCUUUGUUUUGCAGGGACCGCGCAAGUGGGCGAAGCCGUCGGUUGUCAAAUUCGUUAUGAACGUGGAGGGGAGCGGUUGGUGGCAGAAGCAGCCGGGUAGAGCUGGGGCCCCGCCUGUGACUGAAGUCGUGGCACAGGGUGUUCAGGCUGAGACUGGGGGCGGACGCGGAAUUGCAGGUCACUAGUUGCACUUGUAAAGCAUAAGCCCAUUGUAGUGGGGGUUUUCAACAUUGCACCGAUUGAGCUGGCCAGCGCCCGGUCUUUGCGAAACUAAGCGAAUCUAUUGCCUUCCACAGUUUCACCUGCUGGCGGCGUCGAUAUGUUUGAAAGAGCAGAGUGACUGGUGGAGUAUUAUUGGGCACGAGGUACGCCAAGCCUUGUGCACAUGUACGGCACUGAGCAUAUAAGGGGACUUAAAAGGCAGCGACUUCGCAUAAGUAUGAAUGGCUUCUCUUGGCGGUCAGAGCACCCCCAUGCAAAUGAAUACCGCGCCUUCGGCCUCCUCCGUGCAGGCAUCUCAAUUCUUCAUCACGUCGUUCUCCGAAGUAUACGUCUGCCACAUCGAAGAAACUGUACAGAGUGAAAUAGGACUGUGCGUGAAAGAAUUCAUGCACAGGGCGAUUGCAGCGGGACAGCGACCCUUCUCACUAGCUGAAGAAAAAACCCUCGAGCAAACGCUACGCCGAUCAGCAUUAAGGAAAAUCCAACAGACAAGCGAUGAAUGUUGCGGCAAAGUUUUCCUUGCUUUCGACCGGGUGACGCGCAAGAUGGCGGGGCUAGUGGCUGUGAUGCUUGACGACAGGUUAAUCCCGCCGAGAAGGGCGGAGAUUCUGAUCGUUGGGGUGGCCUAUCGGUUUCGCAGACAGGGGCUGGGGAGGAUGUUGGUGUCAUUUGUGUGCAAGCAUCUGCAGGAGAACUGCAUGGUGCAGGAAGUGACGGUGUGCGUAGACUCGCGGCAAGCAGAGGUUGUGAGCUUUUGCAAGGCGAAUGGGUUUUUAAAGCACUGUUACGAAUGGUCGUUUCCUUGUACUCCGAUCAUAGCACGGUUCCAUCGGUUUCUACCAUGCAAGUAGCAAGAAGACAACACGGAAGCGUAUCCCGCGUUGAUCUGAGAGACCUGGAAGGAAAGCGCAGUAAUUGAUAUCUUUGAUGCACCGUAUUCGAUGCCUUGAAGGAAGAAAGGCGCGUAGCGUGAGCUCUGGGUCACGGAAAUUCUCUCCCGCAAAUUUGUCAUUUUUGGAGCAUUCAUCACCGCAGUAAAAUACUCCGCAGCAAACGAGCUAUCAGCCCCGUCCAUGAUAACAACAAAAACUAUCAACGCCCCACCACCCCACACGAUUCUUCCCUCCUCCCCCUCCCCCCGCCUGUGUCAGUCACAUCACGCACCCCCCGACCGCAACCUUCGCCUCCUUCACUCAAACCCGCCAUGUCGGCCGUCACCGCCUUUGUUCGCAAGCUCAACCUGACGCAAAUGAACACCCCCGCCAUUCUGCGCACCGGCCAAUCCCUCAGUCAAAAAGUCGGCAUCCCAGAAGCCGGCGCCGCCGCCCGAUGGGGCGUCGCCGUCGGUCUCAUCGUGUACUGGAUGAUCGAACCUAACUUUGAAGAACCGAGCGCGUAACCGAGACGUAACCCCUCCCCCUCCUCAUUGCGGCCACACGAGUCGUCGCACUAGACGCCGGCCGUCCUAUCAUGCCUCGACGACCCAGCGAUGAUACACGAGCGUCAGUGUUGAGCCCCGCAAUGUGCAAUGACAAGGCGCAGGGGUAAAGGAUUAAUUCUGUCACCAAAUCUCCCGCACAAGUUAGGGCAUUAUUUCACACUUUCUAUCGUCUUCAAAGUAAACGAGUCGAACAAAUU